UGGCGUACAUUUCGUUACGAAGUGAGUGCAUAAUCCAGUCCACUUUGCACCGCUGUCGCGCAAAUAUCGCUUCAAACAUUUAAAUUUGCGCUCUCCACCCAUUAGAACCGGACAGAACAUUGUCACUCCGGUGCUUGAUUGCAUCGCCGUAGAAAGAGAGCAACAAUGCCUCCCCCUUCUUCGUGCAGGAGCACGCCAACCUUGAACUUGAUCGGCGCUCUGGAUAGCCUACUGCGGUUGGCGCUAUUUUCGACGAUCGCCAGCGUUGUGAUCGGCAGCAGCUACUUCGACAGAGUCGCUUCGCUACCAUGCGCGUUACGUCAGUACCCGACCGGUUCGGUUUGUGUGUGCAAUGUGACCUACUGCGAUACCUUGGAGUUUGAGGAUCCAACCGAACCGGGAGAAUUCGUACUGGUUUCGAGCGCUAGCAAUGGCACCAGAUUCGGACAAGCCCGUGGAAGGUUUGUGCAGGCGGAGAAUGCAACGUUCCUACCGGCGGUAAUGUUGCGGUCUAAACAACGGAUGGUGAGAAGCACGCGGCCGGUUAGUGUUGAAAUCAAUCGUGGACGGAAAUAUCAACAGAUUGUGGGCUUUGGUGGGGCGUUUACCGGAGCCGUUUCUUACAAUUUGGGACUGUUAAAACCGGAGUUGAGGGACAGCAUGUAUCGUUCGUAUUACUCGAAGAAGGUGGGAAUCGGUUACAGUUUGAUGCGAAUUCCUAUUGGAGGCAGUGAUUUUGAUUUGAAACCAUGGGCCUACAAUGAGUCCCCAAUGGAUGAUAAGCUGUUGCUGAACUUCACUGUAUUGGACAAAAGAGAUCAGGUGAGGAUCGAACAGAUCAAAGAGCUAAUGCAGGUGGCGGAUAAUCAUGAAAUUAAAUUAAUGGGAACAGCAUGGAGUCCACCGAGAUGGAUGAAAUCCAAUAACGAUUGGAGUGGAUCAAAUCGACUAAAGCCACAGUAUUAUCAGACGUGGGCAGACUACCAUAUCAAGUACUUGCAGCUGAUGAAGGAUGCCGGGUUGGAUUAUUGGGCGAUUUCAACGGGCAAUGAACCAAUGAAUGCCGUGAUUGGAUUCUUAUUCAUCCGAUUCAUGAGCUUAGGUUGGAUAGCGGCGAAUCAAGGAAAAUGGGUCGGUGAAAAUCUUGGACCAGCGUUGCGAAAUUCAGAGUUCAAAAAUGUCAAACUGUUUGCGGGAGAUGAUCAACGAUACACGUUUCCUUGGUGGUUCUCACAGAUGGAUCAGGGUCAUCCAAAUGCUACGCAGUACGUCGAUGGUUUGGCCGUGCAUUGGUACUGGGAUGGAGUGACUCCUCCUGAAUUGUUGGAUCAAGCUUUGAAUUUGUAUCCGGACAAGCUAAUCUUCAACACAGAGGCAUCGCUAGGUGACAAACCAUUUCAAACACAUGGACCCAUACUGGGGUCUUGGGCUCGUGCUGAGUCCUACAUAACGAGCAUAAUGCAGGAUUUACAGCACAGCGUACAUGGCUGGAUCGACUGGAAUUUGAUGUUGAAUGAGAUUGGCGGUCCCAACUACGCUAAUAAUUACGUGGAAACGGCGGUGGUAGUUAAUGCAACGUCAGGAGAGGAGGUGUACAAACAACCGAUUUUCUACGCAUUAGGUCACUUUUCACGAUUCAUCACGGAGGGAUCGGUUCGCUUUGAAGUGAAAAGUGACUAUUCUGGAAUUGUUGUUGUAGGGUUUGAGCGACCAGAUAAUAGGACAGUCCUAGUUUUUUACAACAAAAAAUCCAGUUCGUGUGAGUUGACAAUCCACGACCCGGAACGGGGUUUGACUCAACUGGAGGUCCCUCCCAAGUCUGUGCAUUCCAUACUUUACGCCUAAUUGAAACUCAUUUAGUCACAGAAAAAUUAGUAAGAGAAAAGACAACAAUAUGAGCCAAAAAUAAAUCCAAACUCGGAACUAUCUGUCAGACUGAAACUCACCGACAACGACCCUAACCUCAAGCAACCGAUGAGCCGUGCAGCACUUCAUUCCAUGGGGAUAAUCCCAGCACAUAAACAAAGAUUUGGCACGUUCAGGCAUCCGUCCGUCAGGGUGCAUUUUUCCGAUUUGAAAUAACAUCCAUUUUCCUGCAGAGGAAAACGGCUCACUAUGGGUAUUCAUGUGGAAAAAGGUGGUUAAAUAUAUUCAAUUAUUAUGCA